AUGACAGAAGGAUCUCACGAACGAACCGAUGAUUUCACAUCUUUGUCAUACGAUCUAUUACCGUUCCCCUACCAUGACGCGAAUGCGAACAUGCAAGGCUAUGUCAUGCCCUCUGACAUGUCUUGGCCGGAUGAAAUGUCCGGAUCAGAUACCAUCCCGGAUAUCAACUUCAGCAAUAUUCGUGAAUUGUUCUUCCCAUCCAGCCAGCCGGUCUCUGCUGGUCUUGACGGUGUGCCCAACCUUGGCCUAGCUUCCGCAGAAGGUAAUGGACAAUCGAUACUAUCUCGAUUAGGGUCUCCCACCCCGGCAGGUGGUUAUCACUCACCCACUGCUCUUAGGGAUCGUAGUGACGCUGUCCGCUCUUUUGACAUUCCUGAACACUACGCGCAGCUCGUUCAGCGACAAGCGAGAUAUGUGGUUAACAUCGACCUUCCUAAGAGAGCCGCUCUUGCCCGCUUCGUACAGGCCUAUUUUCGCACCUUUCAUAGACACCAGCCGUUUCUACAUGAGGCGACAUGGCAACCAGAUGCGGCUUCAGUCCCGUUGUUUCUGGCAGUUUGUGCGAACGGCGCUCUCUACAGCUUAGAAAUCGAAAUCGCAUUCUCGCUCUAUCGUGCUGCAGCGAUGAUGGUGGAAGCAGACGACCCCGAUACGGCAACGCUGCAAACCUUGAUGCUUGUCAUCGCUUUUGCUGUUUGGAGUGGUGAUCAACAGGAAAUCUCACUUGCUCUACGGCUCCAAUCGAGACUCACCACCCUCCUCCCUCGUUGUUGGGUGGGGUACAAUAACCAGCAGUCCUCAACAGUAAUGUCAUGGGAAGAGUGGUUGGAUUUACAGGGCUUAAGAAGAACCACCUACUGCUUAUUCACCUUAUCCAAUCUCAUGACUCUUGCCUAUAAUUUUCCAUCUCCUAUCUGCUUGGAGGAAAUUCACGGGUUACCGUGCAAAGAAUCUCUGUGGAAUGCAACAACCAAAGAAGACUGGUCGACGCUGCUGUCAGUGGACUGUAAGACACGACAAUGGGCAUCAGUCCAAGCUAUUGUUGAAGCACUGAGUGACCCAACGACAGAUGCCCCCAACGGCAUAGGAAUGUUCGCCUGUCAUAUCGUGAUCUCCACGCUGCUUCAGAGGAUAAUGCUAUUCAGACGUGCAUGCUCGAGCAGCUUUGCUAGCUUUGCUGGGAUUCGCCAUCAUUUUAUCCAAGCACUGAGAAGAUGGCAGGUGAUGUGGGGACACGAGCCUGAAGCGUCUCUUUCGCCAAAUCACCCUGCUGGACCUAUUCUGUUCAAUUGCACAGCACUACUUCGAGUGGCCUACAUCCGCCUUGUGGCUGAUUUUGCACCCCUACGAUCGAUGUUCGGUUGGACCGACCAGGUAGAAGCGAUAAGCCUAAAACUCGGUGAGAUGGAGACCACUGAUCGGAGUCCAUACCAAACCAGAGCCGUCCUGCAUGCAUGUCUGGCGCUCAAGAUUCCGGUCAAUCUGGGCUUUGAAGUCACAGCGAGAACGACUUUCUGGACGUGGAGCGUCCAGCACGCUUUGUGCUACUUUGAAUGCGCGUUACUCCUGGCACGGUGGCUUUUAGUCGUGCAAAAUGCAUCUGAUUUGACGGUAGAGGAACAGAAAGUGCUUGCAUUGGUAUCUGAAGUCAUAAAUACGUCUGGAAGUUGCAGCAGUGCCGAGCAGACACAUAUGCUUGCAGCGGUCGUGUUGCGACGUUGGGCACGCCUGCUCAACACAGGGCCCAUAACAGUGUGGCAAAUCCUACCGAAAAUGGCUGGAGUCUUGACACACUAUUCUGACACGAUACUCAGGCAGUCUACAGACCCCAAAUGCUAA